GUAUGUUGAAACGAAAGAAAAAAAAAACAAUUUUGAACGACGUAUACGAGAAAGUAUUACCAAAACUUACAUGUAUUUUUUUUCAUUAAGAUAUAUACAAACGACAAAAUGGCUUCAACAGCUUCUUUUAAAUUCGCCAUAUUGGAUAACAAUUUAUUAGACUCGUCUAUGGGUUCGACGCAAGGCUUACUAAGCUUUAUGACAGACGCCAGCCGACAAAUCAAAACUUAUCUGGGUGACUCUGAUUUGAAAGCACAGAAAAAACAACGGCAUCAGAAAAUUCUACAACAGCUGUCGGAAUUAAAUUCACACACGACGCUUAUACCCGACAUAGCGCAAAUACCUAAUUUAAAUUUCCCGACAACUCCUGCUAGUCCGACACCAAGUCUCGAUAGUGUCGGUUCCGUAGAAGACGACACAAGAUCGUCGUGUUUAAUGAACAGUAAAAAAAGAAAGCGAACGUACAUGUCACCUUCGCCGACAGCAUACGACUGUAAAAAAUCUCGACAAGAAAGUUAUUUUAACUUCGCUAAAAAACAAUUCUAUCAUGCUGACAUUAAUUUGACAUAUCUUGACAACAUAACGACGUGUCAUAGUUUUGACGCUGAUUUUAGAUACGACUCGAUGAACUCAUCAGUGCCGUCGCCGUCACCCGAUUUCGACGACUUAGUUGACUGCAUGUUAACUGAAAAUCUUAUCGCUCCGAUCAAUUUAAACGACUACAUAAUUAGCACCUAAAGUUUUCAAGAACGAACAUGCAACCUCGUGUCAAUUCCCUUCUGGCUAAAAAACAGAAGGCCUGUGACCUAGGUUGCUUGUUUACAUAUAAAUUAUUGGAGCAAGAUUUGAUAUAUUUAUAGUAAUUUGAUUUCAGUUAUUUACGCAAAUUUUUUUUGUUUAUAUUUUACGACUUAUUUCGCCCUAUUAUGGGCGAUUUUUUUGUUCACUUCUGACACCAUUACGCUUAGUGUAUAUUUCUGUUUAUUAACAAGACGACUAACCUCCAUUAUGGAACAGCUUCACUCUGAAGCAACUCCACAACGGAGUGUUAUAAACAAUAUAAAAAGCGCGCGCAAAUACCUUGAACACUUGAAGCCUAAAGAGUUGUUCGAGCUUAUUGUGCUCGCGUUUUACGUUAAGUUUUCUGCUACAGUAUUUCGUUUACAGGGCUUGCGACUCCGAAAGACUGGGAUUAGUGAAUGACAUCCUUUUGUGUUUUAAUUAUAGAAAUAAAGUACUUAACGAAUUUUUUUUGUUUCUUUUACUUAGAUUUCUAGAAUAUAAGUUAAAAGUAGGCAUAUACUUAAUGUCACUUUAUCUUUUUCCGCUCCAUUUUUAAAAAAAACCUGUUGCAAGCCCUGAGUUUAUUUUUUUUCACAAACAAAUAUUUAGCAUACUUUUUAGGAGUUGAUAAGUAGAAUUUUUUUUUCGGUGACGUUUUGUACAAACAAUCGGUCAUUGUGCAAAUAUGUUUUCAGUUUCGUGUUCCUUUAGCACCCUCCUUUUAUUGCAUGAAAUGUCUCAUCUCUACAAUCGCAGAGUUAAAACCGUGAUGCUUUUGUUCGACCUAAUACUUAGACUGUCAUAAUCCUCUUCUGAAGAAAACACACUUUCACACGCUAGUAAUGUGGAUAGUUUUGUAGAAAUAGUUGUCUACAAAAAAUUUCCUUGUUAAGAAA